ACGGAGGACAAAUCCCCCCGGCAGACCCUGGUGGGAGAGGCCGUUUUGAACGGCUCCACGGUGCAGGAAGGCAGCGGGGAGGAAAAGCCCCGGAGAUCCCCCCGGAGGAGGGGCUCCAAAGCCAGCCCGGGGUGCUCUGAGGAGGAAAGAGGCAGCCUGUGCCAGGAAGGCGGCCGGAGCUUGAGCCGGAGCUCCGAGCUGGUGGUGCAGGAGCGCGUCAGUGCCGUGGAGAAGCCCUACAAGUGCCCCAGCUGUGGGAAGAGCUUCUGCAGCAGCUCCAACCUCCUCGCUCACCAGCGUGUCCACACUGGGGAACAGCCCUACGAGUGUGAGGAAUGUGGGAAGACCUUCAAGUUUGGCUCCAACCUCCUCAUCCACCGCCGGGUGCACAUUGGGGAACGGCCCUACAAGUGUGAGGAAUGCGGGAAGGGCUUCACCGUCAGCUACCGCCUGAUCCGCCACCAGCAGAUCCACACUGGGGAACAGUGGCCCCGGCCCUACAAAUGUGGGGAAUGCAAGAAAAGCUUCAGAUACAGUUCUGAACUCGUCACCCACCAGCGCGUGCACACGGGGGAGAAGCCCUACGAGUGUGGGGAAUGUGGGAAGAGGUCUCGGAGCAGCUCGGAUCUCCUCAAGCACCAGCAGACGCACACGGAUGAGAGGCCCUUCCACUGCACCGACUGCGGGAAGGGCUUCAAAUGCAACUCCACCCUCGUCAACCACCGGCGCAUCCACACCGGGGAGAGGCCCUACAAGUGUGGGGAGUGUGGGAAGAGCUUCACCUGGAGCUCUACCUUGACCAAACACCAACGGACCCACCAGUAAGGGAAGCUCUGCGAGUGCCCCGACUGCGGGAAGAGCUUCAUCUGCUGCUCCAACUCCAUCAGCUGUCAGAGGAUCCACUUUGGGAACAGGCUUGGUGACCCACAUUCCCAGUGACCCACACUGGGAACAGGCUUGGUGACCCACAUUCCCGGUGACCCACGUUGGGAAGCCCC